CCGGAAACUCUUUCCAAGAAAAAGAAGAAGAAGACCACAACGAAGAAGUAAACCCGCGAGACGCAAGCAACAACCAUGAAACGUUAACGUUAUUUCAAAUUCAUAAAAGAAGAGUUUACUGUUAAGAGCAUCAUUGUUUUUAUAGAUUAAUUAAAAAAAAAUACAUCUAAGACAUAAUGCGUACUUGUACACAAACGCGUGCGACGUGAUAGCAUGACAAAACAAAUCCAAAGUUGAAAUGUUUUACUCACACUAGCUAGUUCGUUGUUUCUGAAGAAAGUCCAAGAACAUGGAGGAAAUUAGGAUGGAAUCAGACUCAGCCGAGAUUUCGGGAUCCGCACCACAACAAGGGGUUGCUGAUGCUUGGGAAACUGUCACUUCAGCUUUGGUGUCUCCUGGCUGCUCGGUGACAGAGCAGAGCCUCUCAGACUCGUUGGCCCUGCUGUGUAGUCAGGGUCUGGGCCGGCUGCUGGGCGGCUGGCUGCUGGAGACUUUGCAGUUGCGUCUGUCCUCUAUUGUGGUUCCCGAGUUCUGGUCUGGGCUGAAACAGCCGGAGAACGAGCUGGAGGAGAGAGGCAGGGCCUGGGUUCUCCUCACUGCCUUUCGGACUCUAUUAGGCCGACUGGAACCUUUCCUUGGUGGUUUGGAGAGGCUGGGGACGUGGCAGGACGAGGGCCGUGCCAGUCUCUGUGGCCCGGGACCUGGGGGCCUCCAGGAGCGGGCCUUUACCAUCAUCAGGGCCCUCCUCCUCUUCUCCCCCUCCCCUGUUCUCCAGGAGCGAGUGCUGGAGUUUUACAGCAGGACCUUCUCCGUCUAUAUGAACCAGGAGGGGCAGGCCGAGGACGGGGCCGAGGUUUCAGACGGCCCCGAGCGAGGGGUCUGUUCAGGCUGCGGGGUCCCAACACAGCAGUGCUGGUGUAAGGAGGCCCUGGAGCAGCUGCAGGAGCUCAGCCACAUACUUUCCAAACUGCAGCUGCUGGAGUGGGUCAGCUCCGAGGCCGUCACCUCCAUCCUCCACAAGCUCAUCGAGCAGCGAAUGGAGCAGCACUGCAGGGGCGAAUACGAACGCUCCUUCCUGCUGGAGUUCCAGAAGUGGCUGGAGCUGGUGCUAGGCUGGCUGAGCAAAGUGUUUGCGAGCGAGGUGGACAGAGAAGGUGUGGUACCUGUUCCCAGUGUUCCCAGUGUUCCCAGCGUCCCCAGCAUCCAGGCCGGGCAGCCUGGCAGCUCUGUCCUGAAGCAGUGGAGAUGCCACAUGCACCAGUUCUUCUGCAGGAUCUACGUCAACAUGAGGAUCGAGGAGCUCUUCAGCAUAAUCAGAGAUUUCCCAGAAUCUAAAGCAGCCAUCGAAGAUCUCAAGUUUUGUCUGGAAAGAACCAACCAGCGACAGCAGCUCCUCACCUCAUUAAAAUCUGCUUUUGAGAGCCGUCUGCUGCAUCCGGGAGUUCACACAUCGGACAUCCUCACAGUUUACAUCUCGGCCAUCAAGGCUCUCAGAGAGCUUGACCCAUCCAUGGUCAUCCUGCAGGUUGCCUGUCAACCAAUCCGCAAGUACCUCAGGACCCGGGAGGACACGGUGAGGCAGAUCGUGGCCGGUCUGACUGGAGACGCUGAGGGCUGCACUGAUUUGGCCUCCGAGCUGUCCAGAGGGGACCCGGUGACUCUGGAGAUGCAGGACAGUGACGAAGAAGGCAACGACCCAGAGGACUGGACUCCAGACCCGACCGACGCCGUCCCCGAUAAGAUGGGCUCAAAACGUAGGUCAUCCGACAUCAUCAGCUUGCUGGUCAGUAUCUACGGCAGUAAGGACAUCUUCAUAGACGAAUACAGAGCCGUGCUGGCCGACAGACUGCUGCACCAACUCAACUACAACACUGCCAGGGAAAUUCGUAACGUGGAGCUGCUGAAGCUCAGGUUUGGGGAGUCACACAUGCAUUACUGCGAGGUCAUGCUGAAGGACAUGGCAGACUCUCGGAGGAUCAACAGUAACAUCCGCGAGGAGGAAUCGAGGCUGAGCGAGGAGGAGCAGCCGUCUCUGUCCCUGUCCUCCAUCAUCCUGUCCUCUGAGUUCUGGCCUUCGCUAAAGGAGGAGAAGCUGGAGCUCCCUCCGCUCAUCGGCCAGGCCAUGGAGGCCUACACACACCGCUACGAGAAACUCAAGGCCAUGAGGACGCUGAGCUGGAAGCCUCACCUGGGCUCAGUCACUCUGGACCUGGAGCUGGAGGACCGCACCCUCACCAACCUCACUGUCUCCCCCAUCCACGCUGCCAUCAUCAUGCACUUCCAGGAGAAAAGUUCUUGGACGCUGGAGGAGCUAAGCGUGAAGCUGGGCGCCCCGAAGGAGCUGGUGCACAGGAAGCUGGCUCUGUGGCAGCAGCACGGCGUGCUGAGGGAGGAGGCGGGAGGCCGCUAUUACGUGGUGGAGACGGGCUCGUCCAAAGAGAAGAUGGAGAGAGGCGUGAUGCUGAUCGACAGCGAUGAGGAGAGGGACUCUAACACAACCACCCAGUCUGAGCAGAGGGAGGAGAAGCUGCAGUUGUUCUGGGCCUACAUCCAGGCCAUGCUGACCAACCUGGACAGCAUGACGCUGGACCGCAUCCACUCUAUGCUCCGGAUGUUCGUUGCCACGGGACCCGUUGUCACAGAGAUGGACGUCAACGAGCUGGAGGCCUUCCUGCAGAGGAAGGUCAGGGAGCAUCAGCUGAUGGUCUCUGCAGGUGUCUACAGACUCCCCAAAUCCAACUGAUGAAGAGGAGCAUGAAAGCGAAACAAGGAGAAAAAAACUGCUCAAGUGUGAUGCUGCAUUCAGGUGCUGAUGGGAAGGAACACUACUUAAACUUCUAAAUGCAGAUAUCAGUAAAUUCCUGUUUGUUCUGCAGACAGACCCUGUUUUUUCAGAUCAAUUCUGACAUCAACCCACAAGUAAGUAUCAGUAGCUGAAAGAAGGGGAAGUUCUUCACUUUCAAAGUAAUCCAACAAAAUUUCCACCAGCGUGUCAAACUGGAUUUUCAUGUGAAAUGAAUGCAGCAUAAUUUUAUGAGGGCUAGUCCUCUAAAGGUUUGUUUUUUUCAAAAUAAAAGCACUUCCACCCCCUUUAGCAUCAGUGCAGACAGUUUUGAUGCUGCAGCCACAGUUGUUGUGAAGUUAUUGGUGUUGAACACAGACGUACGUAUAAUACUAAUGUAUUAUAAUUAUAAAAGCUCUUAAAUGUC